ACAACUACCAGAUCGUCACUGACCGUGGACGGUCGAGUCAGUCCACUAACGCGCUGUUUAUUCCUGUUUACAAACCGUGUCUCAUUAUUUUUCCAUGUCAGCAGCAACCCAUUAACACUAUCAAAACAACCUCUUUGACGAUCCAGCUGCUUCCCUCCGUACGUGCGGCACUUCCUGAUUUUCGGGCGAACAUAUGUUUUUAUGGGAUCAGCUGAGAUGACUGAAUGACCAAACGCAGAGGGGGCAACUCUAGAACGCUUAACUGCCGACAAUCAUUACGGAUAAACUGUCGAGGAAUAACCGGUGCGCACCUUAAAGUACAUCGUGGCGGCAGGACGUGUACACUAUUUAUAAAAGCACAUCAGCUGUGAGUGUUAGCGACGUCUGUGGCUUUCUUAGGACAUUAACAGAUGCUAUAUAAGCUAAGAAUGUGAUGAUAGAUCAAGGUACACAAGAAGGCUAUAAAGACCUGUCGAUGGUGACUCAUCCUGCUAGGCGAUUCCUUCUGGCUGUUUGUUUGUAUUAUUCAACCUAGGACUCGAAAAUUGCUGAAUUAAAUGCAACUUGAAUUAUUGAUAUUGUGAUAAAGGUUCGCAUCUACCUCCGUUAAACGUACUGAAAAGUCAUACUUAUUCUACUUGUUAUAGCUGUCAAGCUUCGGUGGAUCUGUCGCAUACACAAGGAACUGGCUGUUUUUUAUGAUUCAAUACUUGAAAUAAAAGUGUUGGAGGUUGGAAAAUGAAGAAGUUCUUUGACGCCCGACGGGAGAUGGUGAGUUCAGGGCCCGGCUCAGGUUCCAGUGCGGGAGGCGCUGCAGGGUCCGGCAGCGGCGGCACUUUUAUCGGACGGGUUUUUACUAUAGGACGAUAUCAAGUCACCGUGGAGGAGACUGUGGCUGAGGGUGGUUUUGCUAUCGUGUUUUUGGUUAGAACUCAUCAAGGCCUCCGCUGUGCAAUGAAGAGGAUGUAUGUCAACAAUGAACAGGACCUUCAAGUGUGUCAGAGGGAAAUUCAGAUUAUGAGGGACCUGGUGGGCAACAAAAACAUUGUUGGCUUCCUGGAUUCCAGUAUUACAGCAGUAGGAUCAGGGGACGUUUGGGAAGUUCUCAUACUGAUGGACUUCUGCAGAGGUGGUCAGGUUGUAAAUCUGAUGAACCAGCGCUUGCAGACCGGAUUCACUGAGCCAGAGGUUCUGCAGAUCUUCUGUGACACAUGUGAAGCUGUCACACGACUGCAUCAGUGCAAAAUUCCCAUCAUCCACCGAGACCUUAAAGUGGAGAACAUCUUGCUUCAUGACAGAGGUCAUUAUGUGUUGUGUGAUUUUGGCAGUGCCACUGACAAAGCCCAGAAUCCUCUCACAGAAGGUGUAGCAGCUGUAGAAGAGGAAAUCAAAAAGUACACUACUCUUUCAUACCGGUCCCCAGAAAUGGUGAAUCUUUAUGGGGGGAAGGUUAUCACAACUAAAGCAGAUAUAUGGGCAUUGGGCUGCUUGUUGUAUAAGUUGUGUUAUUUUACAUUGCCCUUUGGAGAGAGUCAGGUGGCCAUCUGUGACGGCAGCUUCACCAUCCCAGACAAUUCCCGCUACUCGCACGACAUGCACUGUCUCAUCCGUUACAUGCUGGAGCCGGACGCUGACUUAAGGCCAGAUAUCUACCAAGUGUCAUAUUUUGCCUUUAAAUUUGCACGGAAAGAAUGCUCAGUACAGAAUGUCAACAAUAAACCCAUCCCAGAAAAACUUCCAGAGCCUGUAAGAGCCAGUGAAGCUGUGAUCAAGAAAAGUCAAAACAAAGCCAGGCUCACUAAUCCAAUCCCCACUACUGAGACAUCCAUAGCACCACGACAACGACCCAAACCUGGCCAGGCUCAACCAAUCACAGGCAUCUUACCUAUUCAACAGGCUCUCACUCCUCGCAAAAGAGCCAUAGUACCUGCAGCAGCCAGCAACCAGCCAAUCAGUGUUAACAUAGCUGUACAGCCUGUUGUUCCUGGCCAAUCACAGAGCCCAGCUGUUGGACAGCAACAGACUAUACAUACUCCAAUACAAGCCACUCCAUCUCAACCUCAGACCCCACCUCAGCACACACUUUUUGUGCAACAGCAACUUACACCUUUCUUCAUUGCUCAACAACAGUCUGUAGCUGGGAGUCGUGGGCAGCAUAAGGUUGGCUCUUUGACUCCUCCCUCUUCUCCUAAAACUGCUCCAAAAGGAGGGCACAGACGAAUUUUGAGUGAUGUCACACACAGCACCAUAUUUGGAGUUCCUGUUAGCAAGUCCACUCUACUCUUUCAAGCUGCUGCCGCGGAGGCCAGUCUCAACAAGUCAAAGUCAGCUAGCACCACCCCCUCUGGUUCUCCAUGCUCAUCACAGCAAAAUGUUUAUCAGCCAGGAGACACCUCAGGACCUGCGGUUCGAGUCCCAGCAUCCUGGAACCCUUUUGGCGAUGACAAUUUCUCUAAACUUACUGCUGAAGAGCUGCUUAACAAGGACUUUGCCAAACUAGAUGCUAAAACAGGAGAGAUGUCUUGUCCUGCUAAUCUGAUUUCUGGGUUGCAGUCUGUGUCAUCCAAUAAUGGCCUUCUCCAGGGAGGAGCUGUUGUGGAUUCUCUGAUUCAUGGUCUGGAUUCUCUACCGACUGAUCCUGGAUCAGCCAAAAUAACAGAAUCUUUGGUAUCUGGAGAUUCUCUUUUGGAUGGCCUUCUCUUCCACCCCUCCACUGGGGCUCAAAUACUGGCUUCAUCACCCUCGUCUCUCCUUGCUCAGUCUAUGGACCAGUUUACCCCUGCUGCUCUGUGCAGUGGACCGUCUCAUCAUGAAGCCAAAACGGAUAGUAACUGUGAGGUUGUAAACAUUGGUGAGGACUGUCUUCAUUCCAGUGAUGAAGAAGAUGACAAUGGUGCUGAGGAUGAAAAAGAGAGGGAACUGUUACAGUUGAGCGGUGAAGAAACUCCAAGUUUGGAUUGCAGUGGCUCCAGACCCUUGCUUCAAGACUCUGAUGAGGAAGAUGACCAAAGUCCUGCAUCUUCAAGAGACCUCCAAUUGUCAUCCGAUUCAUUGUCAUAUGACAUGCCAAAGUCCUCUCUGGUUACUCAACAAAACUUGGCUUCUGCUCACAACCUGAACCACUCACCCAAGCAUCUGUUCCAACAUUCAGACACAGAUCCGACUGUGGAUGUGUUCUCUAAAGCUCCAUUUCCGAUUGGUCAAGGAGAAGAUAGUGAUGGAGAUGUUUUUGACAACGCUCCUUUUCCUUGUGGCCUGGCUCACCCUGAGCAGCCUGAUAUUUUCCUGCAGGCACCUUUUGGUAGGAAGAAAGAAGGAAAAGUUCACCACCAUCCAGUGGGCCAUGAUGGAUUUGCACGACCCAAUCCUCUUAGCCUUGACCAGAGCAUCCUUGACCAAGUGGCUCCUCUUCCCUUUAGACCACAGGAACUUUCUAAGUAUUCGAGACACUACGAAGGGCCUGUGACCACGGAGCCUAAUGUAUUCGAUCAGGGUGUGACUGACAUAGAGAAAAGAGAUCCAGUUGACCAUGGGACUUCUGGUGACCCGUUUGUCUCAGCACCCUUUCACCUUAAAGGCCGCCAAGAUAAACAUUAAGAGAAGAGCGUCUAUAAACACCACACAAUCUACACUUGCCUGCUGAAAGAUUUGAGUUUGUAACCUCUCUUUUCUCUGAUUAAAAGUUUCAAAAUGAGAAGCCUUAUAACAGUAAAUAUAAAAGCACAUUAAUGGCCUCUGGCCGUCUGUCUCUGGGUAUAUGAUUGUGUGUCAUCUUUUGCUACCUCACUUACAGUAUGCUGUCAUGGUAACUAAGGCUGUCAAUCACCAACAUCUUGUUUUUGUUCUUUCCAUUGAGCACAAAGUAAAUGGGUUGGAGGGUUUUUAUUAUUGUUCGGUGGGCUGUUUCAUCACUAUUCAUAUUGUUGAAUUGCUUUUAUCACUUUAAAUUAUAAAAAUAUAUUGUUUACUAGGUGUUUUUUAGAGCAUAAAGCAAAACCUCUCCAAUUGUUUUGUAUUUGCCUCCUAAAUAUGGAAAAAACCUUUUCAGCAUUGUGCUGUAUAAAUAGAUUUUAAAUGAUAUAUUUCUCUUUUAAGUUGUUCAGCUAGGUUUAUUCAACCAAUUCCUCUCGGGAACGUCAUAAAAUAAACUUUGCCAGUGCUCACAAACAUUUUCACUAAAAGCUAUGAAUGUAUUUAAUUUUUUUGGUGUUCUGUAUUAAACUCUUUCAGGUUUGAAAUUACCUCACCUUUUGACACGUUAAAUUGAUUGCAACAAAUAAUGCUACAUCACAAUUUUUUUGAUUCAUAAAAUGUUUUCUUAAUACCUUGAAGCCAACAAAAAGAAAGUAGAAUUAUGCUCCGCAAAUAGACACCAUAUAAGCAACAUCUUGAUCUCAUCUAUCUAAACAGUGUUCAUCUGUUCUAGAGAUGUUAGGAGACCAGUGUUUAGUAUUCCAUACAUUAUACAGCUGGAAACCAGCGGCAUCUAUCAGUUUCAAAUGAUUUCCAAAUCCAGCGUUAUAUCCACUGUUUAUAUAAUAAAAUUCAUCACCCAAAUGCAGUGAGCAAACAAACAGCUAAACUUCCAUCUGCCAGGUGAAGCAGCAGUUAUGGGUGUUCUCUUUCUCACUUUGGCUGAUUGAUGGCACAUGCUCUUUUGCUUGCAGGAUUACGCGUAGGCGAUUUAGAGGAGAAUUGUCCAAUAAUGAACCCUGUUCGAAAAAAACUUUCCGAAAUCACACACAUCAAAUUUGGCAUGAAACCUUUUUUUGCAGCAGUUUAUUUUUGCUACAGAAUAAUAAAUAUUGCCAUUUACAGGGCAUUGAAGGUACUAAAUCUUGUGGAUUUUGCCCUUACUUACUGAAACUGGUCAACAUGGCUUCUUUAUGUGAAUGCGAGUACAUUAUCAGGUAGUUGUCAAUUGCUGGCAGUUUAUGUGUGAGAUGAGGACACGAUUGCAGCCAGUGCUUUUGCCAAAACCAUCAUGUCUAGUGCAAAAAGGUUUUGACUUUUCAAUUUAACUGAUAAAUAAAAUAAUGUUAAGUCCAAUUAAAGAGACAUUUUUGAUGAACUUUUUCUUGUUUUUCACUGACCUGUCUCUUAAAUGUUAAGGACUAGUGCUACUUUGUAUGAGUAAAAUACUUAAGUAUUGUUUUGUCAGGGUUCUGUCCUUCCUGUUUCAGGCUUUCAUGCCUUGUGGACGGGACCGUGACAGUACAAUGUCUUGUAUGUAUGUUUUGUUUUUUGUGGAGACACGCGGCUGUAUGUUUUGAUAAUUCGCCGCGUGUCCUCCUGUCCGUGUAGCUCCGCCCCUUGUUUCUCUGUUAGUCUCCCAUUAGUGUUUUAUCUCCGUCACCUGUCUCCCUUUAAUGUUUAGCCUUGUUACGCCUCCUGUCUCAUUAUCCCUCGUUAGUUUUGCCUUCUUAAACCCUGUGUUUCCCGAGUCCGGGGUCGGUUCGUUGUAUGCUGUUCGUAAGUUUUAUGUUUGUAUGUUUUAGGUUUGUUCUGGUUCAUGCUGUGGUUUACCUGUGCGCACUGGAUUAUUUUUUCCCAGCCUUUUCGUGUGUGAUUGUUUGUUUGCUCCUGUUAUUUUUACCCCCUCGUGGGUUUUGUUUUCACUAUUUUUGUAUAUUAAAUAUUUUUUACUCGC